AUGGAGAAAAAUGUGGCACCCCAGGAGAACAUUGGAAAUACUGGAAGGGUAGUGGAGAAGUUUGAUAUUGUAAUCGUCGGUGCUGGGCCGGUAGGGUUACUGCUUUCAACCUGCCUUGCACGUUGGGGUUACAAGAUCAAGCACAUCGAUAACAGAUCGGAGCCAACCAAAACCGGAAGAGCAGAUGGUAUCCAACCUCGGUCCUUGGAUCUAUUACGGAACAUGGGCUUGAAGCCUGCCAUCAUGGCAUAUGAACCUGCGAAGGUCUAUGAAGUCGCAUUCUGGGAUCCAACUUCGGGCGGAAAGGGCAUACACAGAACCGGAACAUGGGCGAGUUGUCCUAGCUUUAUUGACGCCAGAUACCCUUUCACAACCUUGUUACAUCAAGGAAUGAUUGAAAGGGUUUUCAUUGCAGAUCUAGAGAAGCAUAAUGUUCAUAUGCAGAGACCUUGGACGAUAACAGGCUUCAAGACAGAUGAGAAUGAAGAUCCCGACUAUCCAGUAGAGGUCAAUUUAGCUCAAGUUGAAGGUAGCGUGAAGGAGACAGUUAGGGCUAAAUAUCUAUUUGGUGGCGAAGGAGCUAGAUCAUUUGUGCGACAGCAAUUGAAUAUUGGUAUCAAACACAAGGAUCCGAUCGCACAUGUAUGGGGUGUUAUGGAUGGGGUUGUCCAGACGGACUUUCCUGAUAUAAAGAUGAAAUGUACUAUUCACUCAGAUUUUGGAUCUAUCAUGGUCAUUCCUCGAGAAAAUAACAUGGUUCGUCUUUACAUACAAAUUGCGUCUUCGACCGAUAAGGACUGGAAUCCCAGAAAAACCGCGACGGAAGAAGAAGUGCAGGCAUCUGCAAAGAAGAUACUACAACCGUACAACAUUGAAUGGGAACGUGUGGAAUGGUACUCUGUGUAUCCAAUUGGUCAAGGAAUUGCGGAAAAGUAUACUCUUGAUCAUAGAGUAUUCAUGGGCGGUGAUGCCUGCCAUACACAUAGUCCAAAAGCUGGACAGGGAAUGAACACAGCCUUCUUGGAUGCCCAAAAUCUUGCGUGGAAAAUUCACCAUGUCGAAUCAGGAUUCGCCGAUCGAUCUAUUCUGCAUUCAUACGAGGCCGAGAGAAAGAAGGUUGCUGAAAAUCUUUUGGACUUCGAUGCAAAAUAUGCAGCUCUAUUCUCACAAAAGGCGCCAGCUACUAAGGAUGUAGAGGCAGCUACACAACGAGGAGCAGAGCACACAAACGUCGACGAAGAGGAAAACGAAUUCAUCAAAACAUUCAAAGAGUCCUGUGAAUUUACCAGUGGCUAUGGAGUGGCAUAUAAUCCAAAUUCUUUGAACUGGUCAUCGUCUCAUCCAGCACAAUCCAGCGCCAUAAAUCCAAAGGGCAAUAAGCUCCGAACCGGCCGUAUUCUCACCAAUUCCAACGUCACACGAGUCACGGAUGCCAAUGUCGUUCAUCUCGAGCAAGAGAUUCCGGUCAAUGGUUCAUUCCGAGUAUACGUUUUUGCUGGAAAGCCUGCAACUACCAAGCAAGCACUAGAUGAUUUUGCACAAAACCUUACCAAGAAGAAUUCAUUCCUUUCCACAUAUUUACGAUCAGAUGUCGAUAAGGUAUCCUAUCACGAGCGUCACAACCCUCACAGUCAUUUCUUCACCUUCUGUACGAUUUUCGCGGAGAAGAGGCAGAACAUUGAGAUUGCACGAGACGUUCCAAAGAUCUUGGCUAGAUAUAGCGAUCACGUCUAUGCAGAUGACAUCUGGGAUCGUAUAGUGCCCGAUGCGAAGGCUUCGAGUCAUAGCAAAAUGGGAUUGGAUGAAGAAAGAGGAGGCGUGGUUGUUGUUAGACCGGAUGGAUAUGUAGGAAUUGUUGUGGCUUUGGAAGCAGGUAGUGUCACAGUGGACGCGCUGAAUAAGUAUUUUGGAGCCUUCUGUUCGAAGAAGCUCGGGGAAUCGAGGCCAUCUCUGUAA